AUGACUCAUCCUUUAAAAUUUGCGUUCUAUGAACUCAAUAGUGCAAAUUCCAAGUUAUUCCCGGAAAGUGAAAGAAAAAAACGUGGUAGACCUCGAAAUACCUCGAAAGAAUUGCAAAAAAUACUUCAAAAGAUUCACAAAAUACUAAAGGAUGAGCACUCGAGGCCUCAUUACUUUUAUAAUACGAAUCCGGACGUUUUUCAGCAAGCAAUUAUCUCACUCGAAAAUGUUUUUAAUAAAUACAAAGAUGUAAAUGUCAUUACAAAAGCAACAGAUUGUUUAAAUUUUAUUGUAAUGAUUAUCUUAAAGUUGGAUUUAAGCGGAAAAGACAAUGAUUGGGAAAAAAUUGUAGUUGAUUCGUUAUCAUUAAUCGAGAUUUUUGUUCAGCAAGAUGACAUAGACCAAGUAAUGAUGGGAAAACUCUGCCUAAAACUUCUCUCAGAAAUAUUAUUAAAUUCUUCAUUACCAGUUGACUUACGAAGAACGAGUGCAGAUGUUAUAAAUUCUCUAUUAACUGGAUGCAAAGAGAAUAAAAAAUUGUUAAGCCAAGAAAAAUUUUUUGAUGUUUCGAAACUUGCCUCUUCAAUGAUAUCUGCAUCCGAUUAUGAGCUUCAACUUCGCCAUCUCGAGAUACUAUUUAGGCUUUGCCCUAGGAUGCAAGAUGAUCGUGAAACCUUUGCAAGCAGAGCAUUUGUAAUCCACGAGGAUAUGAUUCAAAAAUUCUUGGCAAUAGCUGCCAAUGAUUUUCUCAGGGAUAGUCGAAACUUCUUGAAUUCGCUCAAUGAUUCAAAUGAUGGCAUAUUUAAAACGCCAAAAACGAUUGUGGUAUCACAAAUAAAAUACAAUAAAUUUGAAUUAUAUUGCCCAGAAGGACAAGAUCGUUUCUUCGUCGAUUUCAACAAAUGGACAAUAUCUACUACAAUAAGAUCGAUGGAGGUUAAUGAUUCUGUCGAGAAUGAUGUGUUAGAAAUCAAAUAUUCUGAAAUGUCAACAUGGGAUCUUCAAACAGGCAAGUUUUAA